AUGCAGGUUAUCAAGGCGGACACCAUUGAUGUGGCCGUCGAAAGGAUUCUCGUUGAACUUUGGAAACACACUACAAGCAGCAGAGAGAAUGCCAUCUAUUUUGAUGGCUGGGAUGGUCUUGGGGCAUCUUCCGUCCUGCAAGCCGUAGCCAAACGCCUUGAAGUAUCAAAUGAGCUGUCAAAGAGGCCUGCAGGGCUAGAGUUUGAGAAAAUCAUCCACAUUGACUGCUCAAAGUGGAAGAGCAGAAGAGCAAUGCAGAGGGAAAUAGCAGAGCAGCUGAACCUUCCCAACUGGGUGAUGGAGAUAUUUGACAAGCAAGAUGAGGAGGAUGGUUUCAAUGGAUUAGAUGAAGGCUCUCGAACUGAGAUAGCACAAGUUGUCAGAGAGAUCUAUCAAAGAACACAGAAUCAGAGAUUCUUGGUGAUCCUGCACAAUGGAAGCAGUGAGGAGAUUGAUAUAUUCGACUUCGGUCUUUCUUUAGAUCGAUAUUCUAGUAGCAAGAUGUUGUGGACUUUCCAAGGGAGGUUUCGGCUUGAUCCCAAGAUGAUAGACAGUGUGAAGAAGAGCACAACAACAGGUGUUCUUCUUUCAGCUUCAGGAGAUAGGCAAGAUCCACGGGAGCUUUGGUCAUAUCUAGUGAGCCACGAGGCUGCACAAGUUUCCAGCAAUAAGUAUGGCCAUGUCAUCAUCGAUCCAGCUAUUGCUGCUCAGUGCGUCUUGUAUAUGUUGAAGCAAUCUUGGAUUGGCUCUCGCAUCAUUGACUAUGACAGGGCUAUCCACACCAGUAACUAUUGGAUAUGCGCUGGCAUCAUUGCACUGACAGACAUUGACAGAGCAUGGAGAGUUGGUGCUGUUUUGCAGCAUGAGAUGCCAUUCUUGAACAUUGACACCCGUCUCAAGAAUGAUGAAUCAGCAGGAAUGGCUUCCUAUCACCUGGCAAAGUCUGCUGAGCACAUGCCGUACUGGAUAUCGACAACAACUUCAACUUCCAGAUUUGUAGUGAGCCCCUCCGGUGUAAUUCCUGAGAAUAUGUUUUCGCACUCGCACAUGCUCGGCGUGCUCAAGCUCUCAAGGUGUGCCUUCAGUUUCUCAUCGCCUCCAUUCCUCUGUUGCCACAGCCUGAGAUUCCUGUGGCUUGAACAUUGCCGGGACCUCGUAACAGGGAGAAGUACAACAGAUCAUCACCAUACAGAGGCAAACAAGGAGUUGGGCAACAGGACCACGACAUCGUGGGAAUGCUUCCAGAGCUUGUGGGUGCUUGACCUGCGCUACACAGGUUGGGAUCAGAUCUGGUCCACAAGGGUGAUGGAUCUAAUGACCCAGCUUAGGGAGCUAAACGUGAUGGGAGCUGAAAACUGGGACAUGAGCCAUUUGCGAGGAUGGCUGCGUAACAUUCGCAAGUUCCGGGUAACAAAGUCCACGUGCUUCUUCAGUGACAACAUGCUCUCGGAGAUGGAAAAUAUGGAGCUUCUUGAUUUUUCGGGAAACAUCAUCAGACAAGGCAUGGCAAGCAACAGUACCUUCAAGACCGGCUAUAAGGAAUUGAAGAACUUGUACAUGAAAAGAAUUUCGAGGGGUCUCGAGGAGCUGGACCUGUCGGGUACAAGUGUGAAAACUCUUGACCUCAGAGGAGUGGAAGCCAAAUCACUCCCUAAGCGGAUUAUCCUGCUAGGCUGCGAGAAGCUCGGCACAAUUGGGAGGCACCACUUGCAGUUCCACAUGCUGAUCGAUCCCUCCAACAGUAUAAAGAAGAAACCUACUGUUGGUGGUAGCUACGCCCAAGGAAUGAAUGGCAACAAACUAGUGCAGGCCCAACCAAAAACAAGUACCAUCGUGAGCUCUGAGUACGUCUUGAAGACUGGCCCAGUUGAAGUGAUGAUUAUAUGGGAGUGCCCCAAGAUAGUUACAAAGUGGAACCGACCGACAUGUAUCAUAAAGGUGAUCAUGCACAGGCAGGGCAACAAACUUUUGGAGAAUGCUUUAAGUGCUAGUACUAGCGCUUUAUCAUUGCCUGACAUUAUAUAUCAGACUGCUACAUCGCUGCACGUGUAUGAUAACUCGUCCAUCACCAGUAUAUCUGCACCUCCCCAAGGACCAGGAUGGUAUGAUCUAGGAUGGUGCCCGGUUGAGAGGUGCCCCAAGUUGCGCACAGUCUUCGCCGUUCCCCAGCGCGGUGCUGUGAAUCGGUUUGGUUAUCCGCACACAUUCUGGGCAUCCCAGCUCCUUUCUGCACGCCACAUCUAUAGCAUGCCAAUAGAAGGUUAUUGUGAAUACGUGGAUUUCUUGCACCUGGACUACUGCCCCAGGCUCGUACAUGUGCUCUCGGUGUCCAUACGUCCAGGUGGCUUGAUGACCCAUUUGAUUACUCUAGAGAUAUUGUGGUGCGGAGAUCUUAGGGAGGUGUUCCCUUUGAGCCUUGAGCUUCAAGAGCAGGAUAAUAUUCUAGAAUGUCCCAUGCUGAGGCGCAUCCACCUGCACGAGCUCCCCAUGCUGCAUUACAUCUGUGGUCGUAGGAUAUUUGCGCCUAAACUCAAGAUCAUCAAGAUCAGGGGCUGCUGGAGCCUCGAGCGUCUGCCUGCUAUCGGACGCAACACCAAGCCGCCCAUGGUGGAUUGCGAGAAGGAAUGGUGGGACAACCUAGAGUGGGACGGGUUGGAGAAGUACCAUCACCCUUCCCUCUACAAGCCGAGCCACUCGGUGUACUACAAACCCCAGCUGCCCAGAGGCACCAUACUCAAGUGA